AUGCAAUACCAUCAGACAUUCUAAUCUCAUCCCCAAAAUGAGUCAUCAACAGCUCAGGAAACCACAGGCAGAUCAUGAGAUCUCCGAUCACGGCGACCUCUCCGGUGUCUCCAGCGCGGUGAACGACCGCAGCAGCGUCUUGGAGAAGAGCGUCGAGCGUCUCGAGCCGGUGGUUCCCACAGGCAUCGGUUCUGCUGCCAUAGAUGGCGACCCCAUAACCAUCGGAGAAGCUUUGGAAGCGGCGGCUAUAGCGGCGGGGAAUAAAGCGGUGGACCAAGACGACGCAGCUGCGAUCAGCGCGGCAGAGAUUAGGGCUUCCGGCGAGAAGAGCGUGAGGUCCGGCGGCAUGGGUGAAACGGCGCAGGCGGCGGCCACUUUCAACAGUCACGUCACGCGACCACAAGACAAGACGAAACUUUCCGAUAUCUUAACGGAUGCGACGGAGAAGCUCUCGGUGGACAAGGCAGUGACGAAAGAAGACGCUGAGGCUGUGCAUGCGGCGGAGGUGCAGUCUACACGGCGAGGGGAGGCUGAAGAAGUGGCUGCUAAACCUGGCGGCGUGGCGGCAUCCAUGGCCACUGCAGCUAACCUAAAUCAACAAAAUUGAGCCUUGGAGUAUAGUGUUUGCCCCUUUUUGAAAACGUGUUUUUGGGUAGAAACAGCUUAAUUUGUAACUACUGAAUCUUAAUACUGAUUUUUAUUUCUGCUUUUGUUUUAACAAUUAAAUGUUUCUUUUAUUGAAAUUGAUAAUCACAGAUUUACUAUCAA